AUGGGAUCCGUCACCUACCGCAACGGCAUCGCCAUACUCCAACUCAUCAUCUUCCCCUUCAUCCUUGUGGCUUCUUUAUUCAUCUGGAGGCGAACAGGAUUCAAAGUCGGUAGCAGGAUUUGGCGAUACCCUUUCACACUAUCUCUGCUCCGUAUUGCAGGCAGCAUCUGCUCCCUGUUGACGAUCAGCAACAAAUCCCAAAAUAUUUACAUCGCCGAAGCUGUGUGCGAGCUGAUCGGCAUCGCACCUCUGCUUCUCACUUAUAUCGGAGUUCUACGACAGAUUGACACGGAAGAAGAAAUUCCACCAAGGAGCUCAAGACUGAUCACCCUGAUUACAUUCAUUGGUCUAAUCCUCGGCAUCGCAGGCGUCAGCACAGCCAAAGAUGGAGAUUACAAGACCGGCCUGACAAAGGGUGCAAUGGGCAUCUUCCUUGCUGUCUUUGUCAUCUUCGUUCUCGUGACUAUCUGGCUUCGGCUCCAGUUCUACGAACUGAAGCAAUUCCAGAAAAAGCUGUUCCUGGCUAUUGCUCUUUCUACUCCUUUCAUCUUGGUCCGUUUGAUCUACUCUGCUCUCAGUGAUUUUACCGACAUACCUCGCUUCCAGCUCUUUGGUGAUGAUACUGUUUACUUGUGUAUGUCUGUUUUGGAGGAGAUUGUUGCUAUGGUUAUUACUAUGGCGCUUGGUACUUCGGCUGUGCUUCAGAAGGAUUUUGUUAGGUUGGACUCGGCUCAGCAGAACUCUGAGAAGAAUGAUGAGGUAUAA